GAUUGUAAGGUUUGCUGUCAGUGUGGAAGGAUAGGCGUGGUGUGUGUCGGAAGCGGUGUUGUUAAUAGUUUACAGAGUGGAAGCAGAGCAGUUCCCAGGCGGUAGGUAUCUGUCAGUAAGCCAUUGUCAGCCAGUUGGUAGGUACAGCAGCAAUGUUCACCAAUUUGGUCCAGCGCUUCAUGCACAGCCCCCUGCCCCGUCUUGUGAUCAGGAGAAACCCCAGGGCUUCAAUCAACACCACCCCGGGUGCCAAGGCUCAUGUUUAUGGGAAGUUUACCUUGUUGGAGAAAGGCAUUGUCCUGUCAUCACUAUCCUUCUUAGCAAUUACAGCGUUCAGAAGGAGGAGGCAACAUGCAGUUGUACAUGCUAGCAUUAAAGCUGAAGACCUCAAGGAGCAAGCUGAUUAUCUUCACGAGAAUGGAGACACAGAGAAAUUAUAUGCAUUUUUGAGCCAGUAUAAAGAGAGUGAAGAUGCUGAAAUCUUAUGGAGAAUUGCCCGGGCAUGGCGAGACAUGGCUCAACUCAGCACAGUUACUCCAGCCGAGAAGAAAAGGAUGAUUUAUGAAUCACGCGAAUUUGCUAAAAAAGCACUGGAAAAAGAUGAAUUGUGUUGGGCCGCUCACAAGUGGUAUGGUGUAUGUCUCAGUGAUGUUGGUGAUUAUGAAGGUAUCAAGGUUAAAAUUGGAAAUGCCUACAUUAUAAAAGAUCAUUUUCAGAGAGCAAUAGAACUAAAUCCAAAAGAUGCCACCACCAUUCAUCUGAUUGGACUGUGGUACUAUAUGUUUGCUGAUAUGCCUUGGUAUCAGAAAAAAAUUGCUUCAACGCUGUUUGCAGCCUUACCCCCUGCUACAUUUGAAGAGGCUCUGGUAUAUUUUCAAAUGGCUGAAGCAGCGGAUCCAAAUUUCUAUAGCAAAAAUCUACUUUACCUGGGUAAGAGUUAUUUAAAGUUGAAAAACAAUGAAUUGGGCUUGUUCUGGAUAUCCAAAGCAAAGGACUACCCUGCACGAUCAGAGGAAGAUCAACAGGUCCACAAAGAAGCUAGUGACAUACUGAAGUCCAUGGGACGAUAAUUCAAAUUGUGAUAAAUUCUCAAACAUUUUAAUUCAACCAAUACAGGUUUUUUUUUAUUAUAAAAAGGUAUAAUUAUCUGUUAGCAUUGUGUCUAAAUAAAAGUAACAAAAGUAUUGUGUGACGUUGUUGACCUUUGUUCUUUUGGAACCAUCAGAGAUGCUCCACCAUUCAUUCCACGGUUUGUAGUAAACAGGGCAGAAUCGGCGAAAAACUCAUGUAGAUGUUACCAUAUAAAUUCACCUGAAUGAAAAUGACAUUUAGAAAAGGCCAAACUAUAAACAGUUAUGGGACAAGAAUAUUUUACGCUGAAUGUGACUAGACAUUAGCUCACGUUAUCUAUGCAUGUUUCUGGUUAGUGGCCCAGGCUGCACUGUGAAUCUGGUUUCACGUACAACAAAAGAAAGAAUGGUCCUUCACACUACCUUUUGUGUGUCAACGCUCCAAAUUUAAGGAUCCACACAAGUGAGCAACUUUUUGGCCUUCUGUGAAGGCUUUCACCUAAAUCAGAGACAUCGCUUACUUGUUAGAUCUUUAAAUUUGAAACCCUAAUAUACAGCCCUUAAUGUUGGCUAAACCUCAUGGGAAUUGAGAUUUAGAAUAGUUGGGGGUUCUCAUUCCCUGAAUUUGCCUUUGAAUUGGUUUCGCACACACAGGAAUAGACUAACAUUAACAAGCACACAGACAGUAAAAUGUGUCAAAUGGAUUUUACAUCUAUUUACAAUAAAGGAUGAUUGAUAAUCUAAUGAGUGGGUGAACACUGCAGAGGUUUUGAACAUGCAGCCUGAAUGCUAAAAAUUGACCAUUUG